UAACGCUUUACCUUGUAAGCAUUUUACAUCAUGUGACGUCGGUUAAAGACGUUGAGUCCACUCUAAUUCCUCUUCUAUUAUCCAAAUAUUCUGUUAUUUUGAACUCAGCAGAUUCACCGAUCAUGGCCCAUACAAGACUAUUUUUCUUCCUCUAUAUCUUAAUUGUGGUGGCGCGGUCAAACAGGGGUUUGAGCCGUGAUAGGAUGCGAGCCAAUACUUCUGCCUAACCAAUCAACUUUGGAGCUGACACAAAUCUCAACGUCAAUCUGAGCUUCCCUUUGUUCAUCAACAUCACGUCUUCGGCAAAAUCCACUAUUCAACGAUAUCACGAUGGCAAGUCCCACUGGGUAUCCUACCAUCAGCGACGAUGCUACCAGCUAUCUUAAUUCUAACAGCACUCGCACUCCCUCUGAUUUGGCCCAACCCCGCAACAAUAAGCUGCAGGCUCUACUCAAUCAAAUUCGCGACCUACAGAUUGACAAUACUGUGUUGAAGAAAGCCACAGUUGGCUUGAAAACUUUCACACUGUUUCCGCAAUUACCGCUGGAGCUGCGACUCAAAAUCUGGAGGAGCGCCAUGCACAUGGAGGAAGUCUUCGCACUGGGCCACUUGGAGAACGAACAGGAAUCAGAAUUUUUUCCUCAGCUGCGACUCCUAUCCGCAGCCGGCAAGUCAAGCUUGAUGCACGUCAACAUGGAGGCUCGAGACGAAGGAAAAAAGGUGCUGUCUCAAUUCGUACAUAAAGGACGAAGCACCUGGUACAAUCCCGACACGGACACUGCUUGGUUUCCCAGACCUGAUUAUGAGACCCUCAUGUACGUUGAGGAGGAGCUCUUGGAGAAGAAAAAGCUUCGCAUUUAUAAAAUGGCCUUUCCAUAUCAAUAUUCGCGUCCUUGGCCUGAACACAUGGUAGAGACACACGAGCGAUAUAACGGGUUGAAUUUGCGCGAAUUGGUCUUUGUUCUUGGAUCUAAAGAUCUGCGGAAGCAGGAUGGUACUGAGACUAUCAACAGCACCAAUAGGCCUGCAGAUUUCGUACUCCCUCUGGGCCCGGAUGUGACUACCACCAACCUCUGCUGGGAAGACUUGGCAGGCAUUGAGAUGAGGAAUAUGGAAUAUUGGAAGAAGGAAACUGAAGACGCCAGAGACAAACUGAAGCGCGAGGGUUGGACUCAGGAGGAUUUCGACUAUCAUUCUUCACGGGUCCCGUGCGCGAAUCCCAAAAUCACGUUUCGCUUCACAAGGGAUGAUUUAUCUCUCAUGGAUGAUGACAUAUUCCAGUGUAGAAGCUAAGGUCAAACAAAUGAAAUCUUCAAUUAGUUACUUCACGGCAGUAUCUAGAGAAUGGCUUCCUUCACAUGUCGUUCUUAAGAUUCAACCCCAUAAUAUAAUUGUAUCUUUGUUCUACUCCAAGGGCCUGAUUUCUCUUCGUUGAACAGAUUCUUGUGCUGUAAAGAAGAAAAACUCGCUAGGUUGAUCUGAGCCUAUGUGAGUAGCCUGGUGAUACUCGAUAUCGGGACCUUACAUCUCGGGUGACUACAGAAGGGAGGGAUCUCUGUAAUACUAUUCUCGAUCGGGGUUGUCUCUCCUUACAUUUCUACAUAUAUACCCUGAUGUUCUUUGAAUGGUUACCAAAACUUUCCUACGCGUUCCCUGGAGAACUCUCCUUGUCAACUGUUCGUCGCAAAGGAAAGAAAGAAGAAGGCUGGUAACAGUGAUCGAGGGGUGGUAUGCUCCUGGCGAACUCACUAUUCCAUGAGUAACGAAAGUAUAUUACAAUCUCAUAUUGGAAAGCCAUGAGAGAUAUCUAUCGCAGAUCAUCUGCUGUGGAUUUCUUGGCGUUGAGAUUAUCUGUACUUCUGUACUUCUGUGAGCCUGUGUUGGUCUCGAAGUAUUGGUGUACAGCGCACCGAUCUUCACGGAUACCACGCUCGUGGCACCUGCUCCUCUUUUCGUACUUUGUAGAUACCAAAGACCUGGGAAGAAUGAAGACUUCGCUCGUGUUCAGUCCCACAGCUUCAAGAUUCAGCUCUUUACAGGAAUCCAUCCUUUAUUCUGGCUUGCCAAAUCCUAUAUAUGCUCC